AUGGCCUCUUCUAACCGCGGAAAGAGAUGCUCCCGCUGCGAUAAAUAUAAAAAUCUUGAUGAAUUUACUCGACCAAUUGGAAGUCAAAUAAAAGAAGGUUCCAACUGCAAUGAAUGUGCAAAAACUAAAAAGGAAAAAAAGCCUGAAGCUAUUAGUGAACCAACGAGUGUAGAAAGUUUGAACAUAACUGAAGAUUACGUUAAUGAUGAAUAUGAAGACAUAGCUUGGUUUAGCUUAACGGAUAUGGAAAUCUUAAUAGCUAACUGUUUUGAAAGUGAAGAAUAUGGUUGUGUGCGUUUUUCAGGGACUUUGAAGUUUGAUGAAGAUUUUGUCAAUAAUGUGCCUAGCGAAAAUCAAGAGAGUGACAAAGAA